AGACAACGUUGAAGUUACCUCUGCAAAUGGGAACUCCGGAAAAAGUGGGGUCAUUGUAUGGACAACUUCCAUGACCAACACUAUGCUAGGUUUGUUGGCUGAUCUUGUUGCUAAAGGAAAGAGAACUUCUAGUGGAUUCACGGAGACACAUCUCAAACAAUGUGUUGCUAUUCUGAAUGAGCAAUUCAAGCUAGCUAUCGCCUCUGAUCAAGUUAGAAACCGUCUCAAGAAGUGGAGGAAGAUUUGGGUCAGGGUUGUCAAUUUGAAGAAUUUAAGUGGAGCUCUAUGGGAUGAAGAUACUUGUACAAUUAGGCUCAGCGAUGAACACUAUGCAGGUCAUUGCAUGACCCACAAACCUGAUGCUCCCUUCUUGAAUAACCCAAUUGAGCACUACCAUGCCAUGGCGACCAUUUUUGGAACAACCGGGGCUAAGGGGAUGAAUGCAAGGUCUGGAAAUGAUCUCCUCUCUAUUGAUGUCGAUGAUGAGGAGAAUGGUGGUGAAUGGUGGGAUCAACACGUCACCACAAGUUGGUGAGUCUUCUCACCCGAAAGGACCACCAAAAAAGAAGGCCAAGGUGGUGAAAGCUCUAGAGGAUCCACUAGGUGCCAUUCUCAAAGAUGGGUUUAAACUUGUUGCUGAAGCUCUUGUGAAAUCUGGUGGAGAUGAUGAUGAUACCCGAUAAUAUUUGGGAUGUAGUCUCCAGUUUGAAAGAAUUUGAUGAAGAGUACCUUGCCCACUACUAUGCUCAUCUUGUUGACAACCCCAAGACCGCAAGAGCCUUCAUGAAACUCUCUGAAACCAACAAAUCUGUUUGGGUGAGUAGGUAUGUGAAGAAAAACUUCUAAAUUUGAUAUGGUUGUAUGGUUGUCAAGUAUGUGAACUUGACAUGUAUGCAUGGCUGUAGUGCCAUUGGGUUGCUUUUGGAUAUUGGGUAUGUGAA